ACGAUUCUCGGGUGUCGAAUACUCUCGCCGAGGACGCCCUCUGUUGCGUUAAAAUUAAUCUGUCUGGUACCAAAAGCUCGCAUUUCUGGUUCUUACUCCGUUCAGUCAACGUCCAGAAGCCGACACAUUUCUUACAGCAAUGGCGAAUCUUAGUCCCAGAGAGGUCGAAAGAGCCGAAUUCUGUUUCUCGAUCUACGAUGCCGAUGGUACCAACGUAAUCGACGCAGUCGAUCUUGGAAACGUAUUACGAGCAUUAAAUCUAAACCCCACGAACGCAACAAUCGAAAAAAUGGGAGGCACCACCAAGAGAGGAGAAAAGACAUUAACGGUCGAAGAAUUUUUACCAAUUUUUGAGCAAUUGAAAAACGACAAAGAUCAGGGAACAUAUGAAGACUUUCUCGAGUGUUUAAAAUUAUACGACAAACAGGAAAACGGUACCAUGCUUGCCGCUGAACUUUCAAACAUGCUUUUAACUGUUGGUGAAAAAUUGGAAGACGCUCAAGUAGAAGAAAUUUUAUCCGAAACUAUGGAUCCCGAAGACGAAGAUGGAUUUAUUCCUUAUGCACCUAUGCUCAAGAAAAUGAUGGUCUUACUGUAGGGGUUUUUGGCGUCUAUAUAAAAAAAUAUUAUCCUUUUCUCCGUCGAUUGUGCGAUAGAGCAGCUGAAGAAGAAGCCGAAUAAAUUUAUUUAAAUAUUUUGGUAAUAAAAAUAAAUAAUAAUGAGCAAGUUAACAUCAAUCAGCGGCCGUCAUCACCAUCAUUUUAAAUAAUAAAUUAUUUAUUAAUAAUAAUAAUAAUAAUAAUAAUAAUAAUAAUAAUAAUAAUAAUAAUAAUAAUAAUAAUAAUAAUAAUAAUAAUAACAAUAAUAUUUAUGAUAAUGAUCAUUAUAACAAAAAAAAAACAUUAACAAUCAUCGUAAUCAUAUUUUUAAAAAAAUUUUUGGUUCCUCGUCUCAUAAAUAUGUUCAUCAACAAAUUUCAUUUUAAAACAACAACAAAAAGUUCAUGGGAAAAAUACUCAGCGCCGUUAUUUUAUUUAAUUUACUCAAUGUUGAUUAGCGAAAAAAUAAAAAAAUUGUAAAAAAAAAAUUGUCUACGUCUUUCAAAUAAUAAUAAAAUUAUAUAAAAAUAAUAAUUGUUAUUUUUUGAAUAUUUAAUAAACAACACAACAUUGUACUGGAAUAA